ACAACAUUAAAGACCUAUCCAAGUUGCCAGGAAUUAUCCGCUCGAAGUUGUUCAAACAAAAACAUCAAACAUGUCUGUUCAUAUUCGCCACGUUCCUCGGCUCGGAAACCCCCUGAAACGCCUUUUCUCGUCGAAAAUCCCAAACCCACCCAGCUGUGAUUCAGAUGAUUGCAAAACCGAAAAUCUCGCGUCUCCAUCGGUUAAUGCUCACAUCCAGAAUGCCAUCAACGAGCAGAUCAAUGUCGAACUGGCAGCCGGUUAUACUUACCUUUCGAUGAGUUUCCAUUUCGCUAAAUCGACCGUUGGCCUAAUUGGAUUUUCAAAGUUUUACUGUACUAUGUCGAAGGAAGAGCUUGGUCACGCAAGAUCCCUAGCUGAGUAUCUGCUGAAGCGAAACGGUUGCGUAGACCUUGGCCCCAUAAGGAAACCCCCCAGCUGCAGUUGGUCCAACAUCGGCACAACAUUGAACGAAACAUUGAGACUGGAAAACUGCGUGUCGGAAUCAUUGUCUGCCCUGUACCGAUUGGCCGAACGACACAACGAUCCCGUGACCGCAGAUUUCAUCGUUACGGAAUUCUUCAAGGAGCAGAUCGAAUCCAUUCGAAGCGUUAAUCUAUUGGUGGCACGAUGGCGAACGCUGGAAAAGGCCCCCAACGGAGUCUAUCUACUGGACCAGGAAUUGAGGAACAAAAACGAUUGAAUUCUAGGUUUAAAAUACGCCACUUAUAUUUCUGGUAAAACAUUGCACGUGAGCCCAUCGAUAAAAAUUGUCAUUUUUGAAUGCUUGAUUUCGGAUUUA